CACUCACCCCUUAAUACGCGUUCUUCCACCGCGCUUGCGGAUGCUUAAAGCUGUUAUUCCCACCAUCUUGAACAUCACUUUCAUGUACUUGAACUGGCGGCCAAUGAGUUCAAUUUGAAAUACAUCCAUUCGUUGUCUUCGUGUUUAGCCGGCAUUGACACAAUUGGCGAAUCGCACAUCACAAUCUUUUAUGCAUGUGAUUCGACUGCCCCUCACUUUACUAUUCCUUUGACGCAGUUACGUCCAUCAUUAAGCCAUCAACACAAGCAGCGACAUCUCUCUCGAAGCCAUCAUAGCACCAGAAGUUGAAGCAAAAUGUCAUGCCCAGACUGUUACCGUGGUUCCGUCCACGAGGGCCAACCGCGCGGAGAAGUCACUAAAGCUUACGGGCUGGACACAUAUGUCGUCAACCCAGCUGAUGGACGGCCUGCCAAAGGCAUUGUGGUCAUUCUUCCAGAUGCGUUUGGGUGGGAGUUUGUGAACAUUAGGCUGCUUGCGGAUAGCUAUGCCGACAAGGGAGACUUUAAGGUGUAUGCUCCUGACUUCAUGAAAGGUCAUCCGGCACCGUUAUAUCUGCUUGAGAGCAUGAGGGUCAUGGGAAGCGAUGCUGGAAUCUUUACCAAGAUACGACACAUAUUCGGUAUUCUAACUGGUGUUGUUCCCUUUCUCUGGAUCAAUUGGCCCUCUAAAGCAUGGCCCCGAGUCAAGGGCUUCUUUGAACAGCUCCGCAAAGAAGAGGGCGCUUCGCAAUCAGUCGGCGCUGCUGGCUUCUGCUGGGGCGGCAAGCAGGUCGUGCUGCUGGGCCGUGGCGAUCAAAUUGACGGACGGCCGCUGAUUGAUGCUGGAUUCACCGGACAUCCGAGUCUCUUGAGCCUUCCUGCCGACAUUAACAGCCUGACACUGCCAGUAUCAUUUGCCUUGGCCGAUCAAGACACUCAUCUUCCGGUAGAGAAAGCCGAGGGUAUCAAGACCAUCGUUGAGGCAAAACCCGAGUCAGCUCGAGGCGAGGUGGUUGUCUACCCUAACUGUAGCCAUGGCUUCUGUGUUAGGGUAGAUCAAAAGUUUACCGAAAUUGCAAAGCAGGCCGACGAUGCGACUGAUCAGGCGAUUGCGUGGUUCAAUGCUCACUUCAAAUCUUCUGCAUAAUCCGUCCAAAAGAGAGGGGCCGUCUACUCGAAUAGACAUGUAUAUUACUAUUCUUACCGCACACUACGUUUCCCAUCAGCUUAAUUUGAAUAGAUGGCACAGUCUAAAUUACCUUGUGACGACUUCUCGCAAAGAUUGCCUCUUUUUCGAAAUGGAUAUACCAGAAAGAUUUCUUAGCUGUACACUUAUAUAUUUUAAGCCGCUAGCACAUUGAGAUGGUGCGAUUUAUUGCGGUCUUGUCCAAUG